AUGAACUCGUACAACGCACCUGCACCGCAGGAGUAUGCCGGAGAUGAGAUCAAUGCCUUGGUCCUCGACCCCGGUUCAUUCACCACUCGCGCCGGCUUUGCUGGAGAAGACACUCCCAAGUCCGUGGUUCCCUCCGUUUAUGGCUCAAUCGCUGGCGCCGAUGCCGACUCGAAAUCGCGUUACCUCUUUGGCGAGAAUGCCAUCCACAACCCCCAAUCGCAUAUGGAGAUUCGUAGUCCAUACGACUCGGAUGGCAUCGUUGAGGACUGGGACGCUGCUGCGCGACUGUGGGAAUACAGCAUCACUUCACGCUUGACCGGCACUCGACCAACGCCCGCUACCAAGAACGGCCUUAAUGACGACAAGAAAGAAGGAGACGAAGCUGAGGAUGGUGACGGCGAUGUUGCUAUGGAGGGCAUCGAGGAGCAAGAGAAACCCAUGAGUGAGCACCCGCUGCUCAUGUCAGAACCUGCUUGGAAUCCUGCGAAGCAUCGCGCAAAGUGUAUGGAGAUUGCCCUCGAAGACUGGGGUGCUCCUGCUUUCUGGCUAGGCAAGACUGGUGUUCUGGCAGCAUUUGCUUCAGGGAAGCCCAACGCUCUUGUCAUCGACAUUGGAGCUAGCACAACCUCGGUUACUCCUGUCCAUGAUGGCUUUGUUCUUAAGAAAGGCAUUCAAAAGUCGUCAUUGGGCGGCAACUUUGUCUCGGACCAACUGCGUCUACAAUUCUCCAAGAUGGAUCCCGUGGUCUCAUUUACACCCCACUUCAUGGUCAAAUCCAAGUCGCCUGUUGAUGCUGGUCAAGCUCCCAACGCUACAUACGCCAAGUUCGAUGUCCCACCGACCGACUCGUUCAGGAAGAACGAGGAAGAGCGCAUCUUCACAUCUUUCAAGGAGAGCAUGGUGCAAGUAUGGCAAGGUCCUGGUAAGCUCGACGUGGUGGAUGGCAUGGGUAACCACGUCAAUGUCGACACGAUCAAGAGCCUGCCACCACGACCAUUCGAGAUGCCAGACGGUUGGAACCAAGUGUUUGGCAUUGAGCGCUUCCGGGUCGCCGAAGGAUUGUUCGACGCCAAGGCAGCUCUCACUGAUGACAGUCACCCCACACCGGAUCAGAAGCACACCAUUACAUCGAUGGUUCAGGCAGCUUUGUCCGCUGUAGAUGUCGAGAUCAGACCUGUGCUGCUGAAUAACAUUGUGCUUACAGGAGGUGGCAGUCUGCUGGAUAAGCUCGCGGAACGUCUCCACAGUGAGCUCUCGGCACUGUAUCCCAACCCUCGUGUCAGAGUGCAUGCCAGCAACAUUGUGACCGACAGAAAGUACGGAUCAUGGGUCGGUGGUAGCAUUCUCGCAAGUUUGGGCACUUUCCACCAGAUGUGGAUCUCCAAGAAGGAAUACGAGGAGCACGGUUCUAGCAUUAUUGAGAAGCGAUGCAAAUAA